AUGGGUUACGCAAAGCUGGAGGAAGAGGCGUUGCGUUCGGAAGCCGAAGGCAUCCGCACCGUCGCCUUCCUGGGCGUCGUCAUCUCGACAAUCGCGACGUUGGGAUGCGUGAUUACCGUGCCCAUGGUCUACAAUCACAUGCAACAUAUGCAGUCGGUCAUGCAGAGCGAGGUCGAGUUCUGUCGGGCCCGCUCGAUGAAUGUGUGGAAGGAAGUGACCAGGACACAGGUAAGAGGAGAUGGGAUUUUUUUUGAUAAUGAUAGAUGUUUUGGGGAUUUUGGGAUUUUUUAGGGAUUAAGAUUUUAUUUUUUCAAAAAAAACUUUGCUUUCAUUUUGGUGAAACUUGGUUUGCAAAAGACGUUUUUUCGUGCGUAAUUUACUUUGGGCUCAAUUUGAAAAAUGAGUUUUUGUCAAAAUUUUUCACACCCACAACGGAAGAUACCUCGGGUUUUCAUCCCAAAACCAUGUAUAAGAAAUGUGCAAUAUUGGGCAGCUUUCGACCUAAAGAAUUCGGUGGUUUAUGCAAAGCACGAGUCAAAAAUGUCUAACAACUUUUCGAAAGUUUUAGAUUUAAUUUAUGCCAUGUUCCAUAAAAAUUUCUUGAUUUUAAGUUAAAGUUUUCUUUCCGUAAAGAAAAGACUACAUACUUAAUCCAUCGUAUUUUACCCCCAACCUUCUCCUCUAAAUCCUCUCCAAAUCCUUGCAGGUCCUCAGUAAAGUGCAGCCCCGUCUUCCUCGUCAAGCUGGCUAUUCCUCAGACAUGGCUGUGAUGGGUCCUCCCACCACCACUUGCUGUGGCUGUGGAGUUAGUCCAGCGGGUCCACCGGGCCCACCAGGACCAGAUGGAAAUCCCGGGGAUGAUGGGCAGCCGGGGACCCCUGGAAUGCCCGGCUCGGAUGGCCCUCCGCCGAUUCCGGCGGCAGCUCCGGAGUGGUGCUUUGACUGCCCGACUGGUCCACCGGGACCGGUUGGAAACUCAGGUAAAUGAAAAAUAAUAUCUAUCUCUAGAUAAUAACUAUUUGUGGUGGUAAAAUAAUUUGAAUGUAAAAAUAUGCAGUGAUUUCUCAUUUUCAGGCCCUCCCGGCCCUACCGGCAACGCUGGCGCCCCGGGAAUGCCCGGUCCAGAUGGAACCCCCGGCCCUCCUGGAGCUCCCGGAGGGCCUGGAAAGAUUGGAGAGCCCGGACAAGCCGGUCCCGCCGGCCCACCAGGACCCCCGGGACAACUCAGAGAAAUCCCCGGCCAAGUGGGCCCACCCGGACCGGCUGGUCCACCCGGCGUACCCGGGCCAAAUGGCCCGCCCGGAGGCGAUGGACAGCCUGGAGAUGCGGGACCAAUGGGACCGAUCGGAGAAGCCGGAGGAAGCGGACCGCCUGGAGUGCCUGGGGAUCAAGGAGGACCCGGCCCGGCGGGACUACCGGGCCCACAAGGAGGAUGCAAUCAUUGCCCGCCACCAAGAACCGCGCCGGGAUAUUGA